AUGACGCCCGUCCAGGCUUCCUCCUCCUCCUCGGCCAACAUCGGCAACCCGGCCCCCGGUGACCUGAAGCCCAACACGGCCUGGGUCUCCUACAACACCUUGGCCCUGCUGUACGGUGCUCUGGGAGUCGCCUCCCUGGUGGCCCCCAUUGCUCUGGUCGAGCAGGCUUUCUUUGCCACCCCCACCGUCGUGGCGGCCGACGCGAUCCGCAUCCUGGGCUCCACGUUUGUGCUGGUCGCGCUCAUCGCCAACCGCCUCAGCGCGGCGGUGGACACCAACCGCCUGGGCAAUGACACCUACAAGCGCCUGAACCUGGGCCUGGUUGUGUACGGCGUGGCCUCCGCCGUCAUCCUCUGGACCUCCCCCGCCCCCGCCACCUCCGUCACCCAGGCGCUGGCGACGGCGCUGAGCGCCGCCACCACGAUCGUGGCGGGCCGCGCCUUCCUGUCCUCCGAGGGCUCCAGCCUCUCCCCCGGCGCCCUGCUCAACGGCCUGGGCAAUGCCGCCAAGACGGUGCUGGACACCAAGAACCUGACCACGCUGACCUACGGCGUGGCCUCGGUGCUGGCCAGCAUCGCAGGCGCGGCCCUGCUCUACGGCCGCCUGCCCGGGCUGGAGGACUACUGGCUGGUGCACCCCAUCGGGUCGGUGGGUGUGUAUGCGCUGCGCCAGCUGGGCGCAGGCGCCCUGCUGGCCGCCACCGUGCUCUACACGCUCAAGGACGCCGCCGGGCGAGGCCGCCUGCGCGCCACCACCUUCAAAUCCCUGAACGCGGGCGUGGCGGGCGUCUCCGCCGCCGUGCUCUUCACCAUCGCGGGAUGGGUGCGCUCCGGCUCGCUGGCCACCUCGGUGAUCGCCACCAGCGAGCUGGCGGCCGCGGGCUGGCUCCUGGCCACCGUGCUCUACCAGUACUUCUACGCGCCGCGCGACGCGGUGGAGGACAUCAAGUCCGCCUACUGA